UUCCAAAAGUUCCCGUUUAUGGGAGAUAAAUUUGAUCUGAAGAAACUCAUGGGAGUCACCAUGCUUGAUGCUGUUAGUAGAGCUAAUACUUUUGUGGCGGAAGUAAUGAGUCAUAAUCCUCGAGAAGUUGUUGUUCCUGUUGUUGGAGGACAUGCAAGAGUUACAAUCUUGCCUCUGCUUUCUCAGGUGAAACUUCCUUGCUCUUUCACUCAAAAAGAGAUUGAGUACCUCACAGACCGUAUGGAGAAUGGUGGCAUUGAAGUUGUCAAGGCGAAAUAUGGUGCAGGUUCUGCGACACUAUCCAUGGUAGAUCUUUAUUUGAAGUUUGCAGAUGCUUGCCUCAAGGGUCUACGAGGUGAUGCAAGCAUUGUCGAGUGUACAUUUGUGGCAACUCAUGUGACUGAGCUUCCCUUCUUCGCAUCAAAGGUGCGUCUAGGAAGAUGUGGGGUCGAUGAAGUGUACGGUCUUGGACCAUUGAAUAAAUACGAGAGGAUGGGACUGGAGAAAGCAAAGAAAGAGCUUGAGGGAGUACUGCGAAAGGUGUUAGCUUUGUGUAGAAGUAAAGACAGUUGA